GAAAGCGAGCGCGAGCACGCGGAUGCUGGCUCGAGCGGCCUUACUGCAGAGAGCAAGAUUUCCCGAGACUUUUUCUCCGCAAUUGCAACUUCUCUGCGACUGCCUGCACCUCGCAGACAUGGGCAAGAAGGGAAAGAAGUUUAAGAAGCGGGUGGAUCAACCCAAGAAGGAACGGCCUCAGCACACAAACUACGUAGAGUUGGUCAGAGAGAAUAAAGACUUUGAGACGUAUUACAAGGCCCAGAAAAUUGUUCCGGAAGAGGAAUGGGAUGAGUUCCUGGCCUGCAUGAAGACCAACCUCCCAGCUGCCUUCCGCCUGACAGGGAGCAAGAGCAUGGCUCGGGCCCUCCUCAAGGUGCUCAGCAAGAGCUUUUUUGAGCCCUUAUCGCAGCUGGUGCCACCUGAGCUCACUGAGGAUGAGAUCAAGGCAGGCGAGGAGCCAGUCAAGCCCCUACGCCCGAUCUGUCUGCCAUGGUACCCAGACAACCUCGCCUGGCAGUUAAACUUGACACGACGCAACAUCCGUAGAUGUGAGGCCUACUGGCAGCUGCACCAGUGCCUCAUCUCGGAGACAGAAACGGGCAACAUCAGCAGGCAGGAAGCUGUUAGUAUGAUCCCUCCACUAGUGCUCAAUGUUGAACCACAUCAUAAGAUUUUAGACAUGUGUGCAGCCCCAGGAAGCAAGACAGCACAGUUGAUUGAGUUCCUUCAUUGUUCUGAGGAUGAGUUGGGAGCAGCCAUUCCCCAGGGGAUUGUCGUUGCAAAUGAUGUUGACAACCGCCGCUGCUACAUGUUGACGCACCAGGCCAAGCGUCUCCAGAGCCCCUCCAUCAUUAUUACCAAUCACGAUGCUGCCUUCAUGCCCAAGAUCUACCAUACUCGGAAGGAUGGAAGUGUUGGGCCUCUCAAGUACGACCGCAUCUUGUGUGACGUUCCCUGCUCAGGAGACGGCACCCUCCGCAAAAACUUUGAUGUGUGGGCCAAGUGGAAUCCUGCCAAUGGAGCCAAUCUCCAUGGCCUGCAGCUGAGAAUAGCGCGGCGUGGCUUGGAGAUGCUAGAGGUGGGCGGACGCAUGGUGUAUUCUACGUGCUCCCUCAACCCCCUGGAAAAUGAGGCCGUGAUCCAGCGCCUCCUGAUCGAGGGCAGCGGCUCUGUCAGGCUACUUGAUGUGACAGAGCAGCUACCUGGACUCAAGUUUAUUCCUGGCCUUGAAGAAUGGACCCUGAUGAACAGAGAAAUGGAAGUGAUCAAGACUGUGGCAGAUAUUCCCCUAAAGAACACUAACCUGUUCAACAAGCACCUGUUCCCACCUUCGCCAGAGGACAGAGAGAAACUCAAUCUCCGCAGAUGUAUCAGAAUCUUACCGCACCAGCAAGACACAGGUGGGUUCUUCGUGGCCGUCCUGGAGAAGGUGAAUCCUCUGCCAGGAGAGAAAGUGUACAGACCAAGUGAGCAGACAGCGCAGAAGGAUGAGUCGCACAAAACUCAGAGGAUUAAGGAACCACCCAAGAAGAAGCGAAGACAGGGGUUCAAGGAGGCCCCCUACUACUACUUUGAGGACGAUGAAGUUGUGUGGCCUGGCAUUAACGACUUCUAUGCCAUUCGGGAAGAGAUUGGGCCAGGCCUCUUCCUCAGCCGGACCAGGGAGGGCAAGAAGAGGAACCUUUACUUCACCAACAGCCUUGUCAAGGAUAUUGUCAACUUGAAUCAAGAAGACAUUAAGAUUAUCAACACUGGUGUCAAGGUGCUUGUUAGGAGUGAUAACAAGGGCACACCAUGUGACUUCAGGCUUGCACAGGAUGGAUCUGCAGUAUUGCUGCCUCUCAUAACUAAGCGCAAGAUCACUGUGACGAAGGAAGACCUAGUGAUAAUGUUGCAAAAUGACGAUAUGGAAAUGCCACCUGAAAUCACCACUCUUAAUCCAAAGACACAAGAACAGUGCACAGAGUUGUGUACAGGUGCAAUAGCCUUCCUGUUCAAGGACGAAGAUCUCACCAUAGAGCUGGUGGGUUGGAAGGGCAAUAGGUCUGUCCGUGCAUAUGUGGCAAAGCAUGACCGUCUCCACUACCUUAGACUUUUAGGUGCAGACACUUCAAAAUACGAGAAGAAUAAAUUCCAAGAACAGAGAGACCUGGAAGCCAAAAGCGCUGCUAGUGAGAACAACAGUGAAAUGUCACUUGGCAAUGCAAACAGUGAUGUCACAGAUAUGACGAAUGAUGAAACUUUAAAAGAGAAUAGCAAUGGUGAAAUGGUCAAUGAAGAUUUACCUAAUUUCUGCAGUACAGGUGCAAUAGCCUUCCUGUUCAAGGACGAAGAUCUCACCAUAGAGCUGGUGGGUUGGAAGGGCAAUAGGUCUGUCCGUGCAUAUGUGGCAAAGCAUGACCGUCUCCACUACCUUAGACUUUUAGGUGCAGACACUUCAAAAUACGAGAAGAAUAAAUUCCAAGAACAGAGAGACCUGGAAGCCAAAAGCGCUGCUAGUGAGAACAACAGUGAAAUGUCACUUGGCAAUGCAAACAGUGAUGUCACAGAUAUGACGAAUGAUGAAACUUUAAAAGAGAAUAGCAAUGGUGAAAAUGGGUCAGACACAAAUGGUGAAAAUAUUAUAGAAGCUGAAGAAAAAUAAACUUUUUUUCUUCUUCUUUUUAAUUGUUGGAAUCAUUGUAAUUAAAGAUUUACCUAAUUUCUGCAGCAUUGAUGUGAUUUAGGGUUUAUUUUUCAUUAUACAUUUUCAACAAUAAAUGGAAACACAAAGAGAAAGAAAUGUUAAUUAGAAGUGUUUUCUUUUAUUUUUAUUUUUUCUAAUAUGCAGCACAUCUGUAACAGUUGUGACAAUUAUUAUAUUGUUCAUAUUAUGGUAUAAGGAAACACUUUUUAUGGAUAUUUUGCAAUAAAGUGUUAAUUAGA